GGGGUUAUGGCUGCAGCCGUCGGGUUUUUAGACGACGACUGGCCGAUUUCGGGUGUUUCCAGCACGGUGUCGCCCCGGACUGUGCCGCCGCCGCAGAAAGCCCGCGCGGCCGCCGCAGCCGCGAGUGAAGCGGCCCCGCGGCUCCUCUCCGACGAUGGUGAUGGGACCGAGCUACCGGACAGCGGGUUCUCCUCGGGGGAAAGCCGCGCCUUCAGGUCCUCGGAGGACCUGGUGAAGGAUUUUGAAGCGAAGUUAACCGUGUGCGUCCCGAAAGUUAACCCCGAAACGGGGAGCAUCGCCCCCGAUGGUGUGAUGAGCGAGGACUCGCUGCUGGAGGAAGACGAACUCUGGAAGGUUCUGACCAGCAGCUAUCGACACGUGAUGCCGGUGGAUUGGAAACAGUCUCUAACGUGCUCUCUCCACGUCCCCACAUUCCACCUGGAGGAGAACCCUAGAAAGACUGAUGUUACGGCGGAGGUGUCCGACGAGGAGGAGCUGAGGGAGCAGCGGGACUCCAUCAUCGUCUCCAGCCUCUCAGAGGAGCCCUUCUUCACAGUAGAGCAGGUUAUCGAGGAGAUAGAGGAGAUGAUGCAGGACUCUCCUGACACGGACGCCGGGCCCGAUCUCUCUCAGUCGGACUUGUCGGCGCUCUUGCUGGAUGUCCAGCGCUCCACCAGUAGCCCCGGCUACGAAUCCAGGGUGAGGACCCUCAGUGUGGCAGAGCUGAAUGAACGUCUUGAAUACAGUGAGACGAACAUCAGGAUGUUCUCGGAGGAGCUGGUGCAGCAGCUGGCUCUCCGGGACGAGCUGGGCUUCGAGAAAGAGGUGAAGAACAGCUUCAUCUCCGCGCUCAUCGAUGUCCAAAACCGACAGAAGGAGCACCGGGAGCUGCUGAGGAAGAAGAAGAAGCUCAGAGUUGGAGCUGGGACGUCGCAGGGCCCCACGGAGAAGACGCUGGGAUCGCGUUUCAGCAUGGAGGGGAUCUCUUCGGUCAUUCAAAACAGCUUCCGGCAUACUUUCGGAAGCGCGUGCAGGGACAGACAGUAUUUGACCACAGUCAUCCCGUAUGAGAAAAAGGGACACCCUCCGUCGCUUGAGGACCUCCAGAUCUUGACUGCGAUCCUCCAAGCUAUGAGAGACGACAGCGACAAGGUGCCCGGUCUCUUAACAGACUAUAUUCUCAAAGGUGAGCUUUCUGCUUCUUUUCGUUACUAUACGAGGCAAGUCCCGAUUAACCCUGCCAUAAUAACUGAGAUUAUCACCAAAACACAAUGGAAUCACUUUACCUUUCAUUUAGUUCAGAAACAUACAUUUGUAUUGCACCACGGAAUCGGAUACAACAGACAUGUUAUUUUAGAGAUUGUCCCUUUUAGGAAAUGACUCCCAAUGAUCCCAUCCGUAAAAGGUAAAGAUGAACAGAUUAAAAAACAGCAACAUGAGUCAGUCUGCUCUGUCUUAUAAGAUAAUUACUGUAAAAUCAGGCUAAAUGUUUCACUUCUCUAACAUAUUGGCGGGUUGGACAGCUUCUUAAACAUGACAAACAUGAUCCACUUGUUGAGUGACUGUUUUGCGGCAUCUGGUCCCGUCCCUACUCCACCCUUUAGAGGACGGGGGUGAGAUGAUGUGUUGGCAGCUUGUCUCCACCCUUCUGGUGACGUAAAGUUAAAGAGCCACGGCGGCUGUUCUUCAAAUUUAUUAGGGUAGUUUGGAUUUCUAGUUGCAACACCUCAGGCACCUCAUAUCAGUUCAGUUUAUCAUGAAAUCUUCAUGAAACGUUGUGCUUUGUGUCUCCAUAAAGCUCAGUUUGGUGACGUUUGUCCUGCUUUCCUUUGAGUUAGAGAGCAGAAAGUACUUUGAAAAGAAAGUCAUGUCGGGGCACUGACGAACAUUACAAAUGAUCAUAUUUGACAGCUGCCACUAGGUAUCACGUUCAUAUAUUUUGUUGUUGUAAAAUGACAAGCACACAUUAACAGUUUUAAAAUCAUAAUAUAUAUCAUCCAAAAACAGCAUUCAAAACAGUUCCUAUGUAUUACUGUAUUAUACAAUGCAUCAGUAAAUUACAUUUUUCACAAAGAAUGUCCAUGUCAAGCAGGUCUCAAAUGAAAAUGAAUAUAAACCCUCAUGUGAAAUCAGUUGGUGUCAAAAGCCGCCUGAAAUCCUUUACCUGAUGGUCCUCCAAACGCUUGCACCUUUUAUCUAUUUUUCAUGUGCCUCUUUUUCUCACGUGUUCUGUUCUCAUGUUUUCUUUCUCUACUUCUCAUGAUCGGCCUUACGCUCACUAGCUGUGGUGUGAGCGAUGGACCCAGAGGUUUGUUUCACAUGUGAUGUUGUUGCCGCUCACGUUGGGAGAGCGCCCCCUCUCUACCACCGAACUGUAGUGCAGCCUGACCCCGAUGUUCUCCCUUUCACUUCACACCUCCUCUCCCACACGGUGACUGUCUGCGGCAUGGUUGAUCCUUCACUUAGUGUCAGGCCACUCAUUGCCCCACACCAUAAGUGCAGUUUACAUUGAAGACGCGGUUUUAUGCUCGUUUGUCAUCAGCGCGGCUACGACUGCAAGUAAUUAUCCUCACCCACCCUAAUGCACACAUAGGUCUGCUAUUAGAAUGAACUGAUGUGCCUAAGAUCUGAUUUGCCUGUUGUUGUUCCUUUCUUUAUCUCCCACUUUGUGAUUUUUUUUUAUCCUCUCCUAAUGAAACUUCAUCCAUGGUCACUCAUAGCUCUUCUAAAACUCAUCUCUAAUGUUUUUCAGUGCUUUGCCCAACGUAGACCAGAGGGACGAUGUUCAACGCUCUGCUGCGGCUUCACAUAGUUACCAUGACAACAUGAUGAUGAGGAAUCAUUGUAUUUUUAUAGACAUGAAACAUUCUUAAUUUAUUCUUGCAUGUUUUUACAGCAAAAUUAGUUUUUUGUGUUAUUUUCCUAACUUGACUGUAUUUAUUUUGUGUUGAGCAGUGUGAUUUUGCAUACCUUGUGUGUUCCUGUGAAUUGUAAGACCUUUUUCACUGUUUUUAAUUAUUUUCUUGCACUGUGAAAAAGAACCGUAAACUGUUAAAUUAUAUACGGAAAAUACCAAGAUAGUAUAUUCCAAUAUAGAAGCUGCAGUGAUUGGAAACUCGGCUCAGUUUAUUUAUAGAUCCAAGCAACAAUGCAAAGGGCUUUGUAUUUACCUGUAUCUAUCUACUGAGCAAAGAACAAAUGCACAAAGCACAUUAAAGUUACAGGGAAUUUUAAACUUUAAGGUAUACACAGUGAAGUAAGAUUGUAUUGAUCCCAAGGAAGCUCAUGAGACAAGUCAGAGGGAAAGAAGGAACAUGAUGCAUAGAAUUUAAUGUAGUAAUAUCAAAUAAAUGAGCUACCUGAACAAGUUUGCAAAUGUAAAACCAUCAAAUAACCACAACCUUCCAUGUAGCAGCAGAACGUUCCACACGUCAUCCCUAUUCUAUGGAAGGAAAGGUUUUGAUAGUCACGGUGAAGAAGUUUGGACUCAAAGGAAUGAACUAACUAACUAUGCAUUUGAGUGAAUCCUGAAUUGUGUCACAUGCACUGUUUGUACUUUCGUGAUGCUGUUUGGGUCUCUGAAUCAGAGACUUAAGUGCCGCCGUGCCUGCUGCACACAGGGCAGCUUUUGUAUGUAUCUUUGUAUGUGUACAAACUGCCUUCGCCUGAAUCUUUGUACAUUACAAAUGACUUAUUUUCAAUGAAUGUCAAAUUGCUGGACGACUUGCUGAAUCGGCAUCACUGUUUAUUUGUUUUGUAAAUAUUUACUUUUCAAUACAUGUAUAAAAAUCACACCUCA